CAGACUACCUGUCGGAUCUGCUCCCAGCGGCCGGAGAAGAAACGUCCCAGCAGGAGCGAUUGGGUUAAAGAGCGCAGGGAUGCCGGGGAGGUUCUGCAGAGACGCGGAGGGUUGACCCGGAAUGAAGUCCUGAUUCCUGCGCCCGGAGCUGCAGCAGCAGGGAGCUGGGAGUGAGCCCUGGUGGAUGGGUCUGUGGAACUGUGCUCGGAUGGGAUGCACGGUGAGCUUCAUCUGCUGCGAAGAGGACUUUCUGCAAAUGCCCCUUUACCGGCAUGAGGAUGAGGAGAAGAAAGAGCCGGAGGAGUUGGAGGCGCUCCAUUCUCACACGUUCCGGGUGAAGACCUUCAAGAAGACCAAGCACUGCAGCGCCUGCAAACAGACCAUCGUCCAGGACGGCCUCGUCUGCAGAGUGUGCCGAAUAGCGUGCCACAAGAAAUGUGAAGCCAAGGUGUCUUCUUCGUGUGUUCCAGCAACAAACUACGAGCUGGCACCAGGCGGUAACCUCGCUCUCAAACAUGUAGACACCAUGGGUUCAACAAAAUCCUCCAAGAGCAUGGAGUCCCGGAGAAGACCGUCGAGGAGCGCGAGCCUCCUGCAGGCGCUGGACGAGGGCUACGAGCUGGACCUGAUCUACAUCACGGAGAGGAUCAUCGCCGUGUCCUUCCCCAGCAGCGUGGAGGAGCAGAGCUACGCCGCCAACCUGAGGGAGGUGGCCUCCAUGCUGCGCUCCAAACACGGACACAACUACCUGCUCUUCAACCUCAGCGAGAAGCGUUAUGACAUCACUCAGCUGAACCCGAAGGUGUUGGACUUUGGCUGGCCGGACCACCACGCGCCGGCGCUGGAUAAAAUCUGCAGCAUCUGCAAGGCCAUGGACACGUGGCUGAGCGCAGACAGCCACAACGUGGUGGUGAUCCAUAACAAGGGCAAUCGGGGCAGAACCGGCGUGGUGGUGGCCGCCUACAUGCACUACAGCAACAUCUCUGCCAGCGCUGACCAGGCUCUGGACCGGUUCGCCAUGAAGCGAUUCUAUGAGGACAAAGUGCUCCCUGUGGGCCAGCCGUCUCAGAAAAGGUAUGUGGAGUACUUCAGCGGUUUGCUCUCCGGCCAAAUCAAGAUCAACAACAAACCGCUCUUCCUUCACCAUGUCAUCAUGCACGGCAUCCCCGACUUUGAGUCCAAGGGAGGUUGUCGUCCUUUCCUGAAAAUCUACCAGGCCAUGCAGCCCGUCUACACAUCUGGGAUCUAUAACGUUCAAGGCGACAGCCAGACAAGCAUCUGCAUCACCAUUGAACCCGGUCUGCUUCUGAAAGGCGACAUCCUGCUGAAGUGCUACCACAAACGCUACCGCAGCUCCUCCAGGGACGUGAUGUUCCGGGUGCAGUUUCACACCUGCGCCAUUCAUGACCUGGGAAUCGUGUUUGGGAAGGACGAGCUGGACGAGACGUUUAAAGAUGACAGGUUUCCAGAAUACGGAAAAGUGGAGUUUAUUUUCUCCUUCGGACCAGAGAAAAUCCAUGGUCAAGGUAUGGACCACCUGGAGAACGGGCCGACGGUCUCGGUUGACUAUAACACUCAGGAUCCUCUGAUUCGCUGCGAUUCCUAUGAGAACUUCAACCAGCUCUGUGAGGACGCCGCAGACGACGUUGUCCACACCCAAGGCCCCCUGGACGGCAGUCUCUACGCCAAAGUUCGCAAAAAGGAGUCUGCUGAAGGAGCAGUCACAGCCAACGGCCUUCCAUCCACGGCCGUGGAACACACUCUGCCAGCCGGUGACCACGCCCUGUCAGUGAGCAGCGAUUCAGGAAACUCCACCGCCUCCAUCAAAACUGACCGAACGGAUGAAGCCACGUUAGCGCCUCAGGCUUCCACUGUGGGCCAGGCACACAUCGCCGCCGGUGAGGAGUUGCCUUCAGUCCAUCAACAAACUCCACCGGCCCAGCAAACAAUAAGCCCCAAGGAGAAGAAGGAGCUAGAGCAACUACUGAGUGGACUGGAGGGCCCCUUGCACAGACAGGGCUACCUCUCCCCCCCGACGUCUGCCGCCGGUGCAGGAAUGCUUCACCUGGUGCCCGCCCAGGUCCAUGUUAAUGGGCACGGCGGCAUCGAUCGCGAAACAGACAUCCUGGACGAUGAGCUGCCCACCAGUCAAGAGGGCAACAGCGUGGACAGUCUGGGGACGUUUUCUUCCACGGAUGGACGCGCCACACCGGCUGACCUCUACUACCAGUCUGAGUCACUCAUCAACGGCCAGGAACCUGUGCCGUACCUGGAGCGCAGCGUCCCGGAGAAACCUCUGGAAGCCGCUCAGUCACACGUCAGCAGAUCGGAUAAACCCACCGCUCUAGUCCAAAGCGAUUCGACGCCGUCGGCGGAAAACUACAUGGCUACCCAGAACGGCAGCCUGUUUCGCUCUCGCUCUUUCGGUGCGGAGACAAAUUCCAUGCCGCAGGCUCCCGCCCGCACCACCAGCAGCAGGGAUGCCGUCCAGCGCGGCCUCAACGUCUGGCAGCGAUUCGGGGUCCCAGAGGAGCCGGUGACCGAAGGCAUCACUUUUAGUCCACUUCCGUCCGUAGCAAUGUCCACUCACCACAGCCUGCCGCAGUUCCCGCACCGUCACAGUGCCUCUCAGGAAGAGAUCGAGCAAUCUAUUGAAACCCUUAACCAACUCGUGAUGGGUCUGCAACCCGGCCAUUCGGUUCCCCCGCGGAGGGAAACCGUCGUGACUACGCAGCCGUCCUUCGGCCAGAGCCAAACCAGACCGUCCCACCAGACUGAUGCUGCCUUUCAUGUUCCCGCUCCUGCGUCCAGCUCGGCCGGCCAUUCGUCAAACGCCAACACGUCAUCUGGGAAACCGGGUUCACCCGAGCCCACACCUUUCCACGGAGCCCCAAAUUACUCCUCUGCCAGCACUGGUUCAUCACAGGUCCAUCCCUCUUUAGGCACCCACCUUCAGCUCAAACCCGUCAGCACGCUCCCAACAAGUACCCAGACCCAAGUGCCAGAGUUUUCUCAGUCUCAAAUGACCCCGAGUGCUGCUUCAGCAUCAUCUCAGCCAAGAGACGGUGAGACGGACGAAGUCUUCAACGUGGAAGGUCUUGUGGCCCAGAGAGUGGCUGAGUACUCGGCUCGAGUCCAAAACAUCAACCCCAGCAUGACCUCUUCUCAGUCUGAGCACCGCCGCUCUCACUCCCUCUCGGGGGUCCAGGCCCGUUCGGCACCUUCGGACGAACCGACAACCUUUCCCCGACGUCGCAUCACCAGCGAGGGUCACUGCGACGACGCUCUGUCCCCAGACGUCCCCGUUCGUUCUCCCAUCCGCUGCGUUUCCCCGGAGUUUGUCAACGCCAUAGCGCUGAACCCUGGAGGACGGCCCAAGGAGAGAAACAUGCACAGCUACCGGGAGGCCUUUGAGGAGCUGGACGGAGGCCCCGUCGGUCCUACACCCACAGCUGGUGGUGAGGCGUUACCCCAAACCCCCGCCUUCCCCGUCUCACCGCAAACCCCUUACUUCAACUUGUGUCGGUCUCCUCCUGGUCUUGCCAAGACUCCUCUGUCCGCCCUGGGUUUGAAACCACACAACCCGGCAGAAAUCCUCCUUCACCAAACAGGCUCAGAGGAGGAGAGCAGUGAAAGUGAGGAAGGCCCUAGAAGCUAUGUGGAGUCUGUGGCGAGGUCAGCAGUGGUCGGUGGAGAGCCACCAACAUCACCUCGGAGCCUUAGUCCCCCUGGAGACACCAAGAGUCAGCAGAGAAGUCCAACCCCAACCACCCACACGCUGAACCCACCUUUAUCCAGCAGCAGUCCCAUCCAGCACUCACAGGGAGAUCAUCUCCAACCAGAAAGCAGCCUAAGCACUUCAUCCCAACCAGCUGUUGGUUCUGGAUUCCACUCGCACCCCACAGAGAGUUCAUACCCUACCUUUACACCAUCAAACCAAGACCUUUAUCCAUCCACUUCUCCCUACCUGGACUCCAGCUCUCCAACCUCUUCCUACCCUGGCUCUACAACCCCAACACUGUCCUAUCUUGGUCCUAGUAGCCUACUGGGAAGCUAUCCAGGCUCUGACCCCAGCCCACCUCUGUCAGAACCCUCCAAGAUUAUACUAAACCAUGAAAGUCUCCAGCUACAGCCCAACGUUCAUAGCUCCAACUACAAUCCCGUCCUCCCGCAGCACUUCAGUGUUAAACAAGAUGGAUCCAUCCAGCCAGGGCAGAAAUCCCCGGCUAAUGGCUUUGAAGUAGCUAUGGCAGGACUUGGUGGCAGUCCAAUCCUUGGUCGUCAUCGGUCCCAGGGGGCACAGAGCAGUCCGGUUCUCAGCAGACAGGCCUCUUUAGGACAGGGAUCACAGCAAAGCCCGGUCUUAAGCAGGCAGCCGUCCUUGGGUCAACCCAUCCAGAGCAGCCCAGUGCUUAGCCGACAGCCAUCCAUCACACACCCUCAAGGAAGCCCAGUGUUGGGCUGCCACCCAUCUGUUGCCCAGAUGUCCCAGAGAAGCCCCAGUUUAGACCGCCACCCCAUGCACAGCGGUUACACGACGCCAGAUGAGAUACACGGGAACCUGUCAAGACAGAGCAGUUCUUCAGGCUACCAGGGACCACCCACUCCCUCCUUCCCCAUUUCCCCCGCUGGCUACCCAGAUGGGGUGAUGGGCAUUGGUUUCAGGCAAGGUAGCCCAGCCCCUGGUUUCCAGCCCCAGCUCCCAGAGAAGAGACGCAUGUCGAGUGGUGACAGACCGAACGGAGCACUGUCCUAUGGGACGGUGAAUGGGAAGAUGAUGUCCUCGGCGAGUGGAGGAAGUACUUCUGGCUACUUCCACACCCUCUCAGACUUCUCCCGGUUCAAUAUGCACGAUGGAAGUCCGGAGAACAAGCUGAAUGUCAAGUUUGUUCAAGACACAACCAGGUUCUGGUACAAGCCUGAUAUCUCCAGGGAGCAAGCUAUCAACCUGCUAAAGGACAGAGAGCCGGGAGCCUUCGUGAUCAGAGACAGUCACUCUUUCAGAGGAGCGUACGGCCUGGCGAUGAAGGUGGCAUCCCCCCCACCCUCUGUGCAUCAGAGCAAGAAAGGCGACAUCGCCAACGAGCUGGUGAGGCACUUCCUGAUCGAGAGCAGUCCGAAGGGCGUGAAGCUGAAAGGCUGCCCCAACGAGCCUUAUUUUGGUUGCCUCUCUGCGCUGGUCUACCAACACGCCAUCACACCUCUGGCGCUCCCCUGCAAGCUCCUCAUCCCUGCCACAGAUCUCAUGGAGGAAACUGCAGAGGUCGCAGCAACGAACCCGCUGGGAGAACGGCUGAAACAAGGAGCAGUGCAGAGGGCCCCAGCUGAGUCCCAUGCAUGCAACGUCCUCUACAUAAACUCGGUGGAGAUGGAGUCCCUGACGGGCCCCCAGGCUGUUGCCAAGGCCAUUUCUGAGACGCUGGCUGCCGCGUCUCCGCCCGCCGCCACCGUCGUGCACUUCAAGGUGUCCUCGCAGGGCAUCACGCUCACCGACAACCGCAGGAAGCUUUUCUUCCGCCGCCACUAUCCUGCCAACUCGGUCACGUUCUGCAAUACGGACCCUCAGGACAGGAAAUGGAGCAAACCUGAGGGAGGCCCAGCCAAGCUCUUUGGGUUUGUGGCGCGGAAGCAGGGCAGCACGACAGACAACGUCAGCCACAUCUUUGCUGAGCUGGACCCGGACCAGCCCGCCAGCGCCAUCGUCAACUUCGUGUCAAAGAUAAUCGCCUCGCAGACCCGAUGAGGAGUGGGACCCGGACCCCUGGCCCUUUGCUUUUAAAGCCUUUGGUUAUUUCUCCUUCUUCUUUUACUCUGUCGCCCUUUUUUUUUUUUUGGUUUUCCUGCUCUGUCACUUUUGAGACGUGUGCUUCUUCUUGGACGGGCUUCAGAACAGAGCGGAGGAAGUGACAGAUGGGGGGGGGGGGGUAGCUGUAUAUGACGGAGGGAUGGGGGGUGAAUGCACUCCAGGGAAGGGUCGCUGGAGAACAGAAAGAGGGAAAGACUGUGUGCAAAUGUUCAUGUUUUUUGCAUUUUUUUUUAAAGUUUUUUUGUUUUUAAGGAGGAAGUGAAGUUGUGUGAAGGUGGACUUGUUUAUCUUUCAGGCUUUUGACCGAUCAACCAAAGAUUAGAAAAAGAGGCAGCCAGGGCGCGCGCAGUGCACCACUGACGGAGGGUCACACGUGUUCUUUUGUAAAACAAAUGGCGGCUUUAAUCCCAAAAAAAAAAAAAAAAGGAGCGUUUCUUUCUGUUUGUACUGAUACUGUAGGUCAAUUCUGCACCACUGCUGUCGACGAGAAAAACACUGUUGGACGUUUUUAGCAGCUGGUGGCGUCUGUAAAUACUGGGAACGGCUUUCUUCGGCGUAGGACUGUAUCAGACAUCCUCUGGUGCCUGACUUUGUUUUCUAAACGCAGAGCUUCGAAAAAAAAUUAAAAUUAUUCACGGCGUCUUAAAUAUGCAAACAGCCAAACGUGGAGCUCGGCGCGGCGCGGGGCUGAAGCCAUGCGGCUAGUCGUGAACGAACGCCUCCGACCGUCACUGUGAACCCAGAAUCCAGUGGAGCCGCUGCACCGCCGCGUCACGUCCGCCGCCAUCACUGCACGGCAGCACCCAGGCAGUUUCCUUCACUCGCGACUGAAAGGCCCCGAGUCGUUUGGCGAGGAGCGACUUUCCAAGUCCGUCUCUCUCUACGGCUCUCGGUUUUUGUCUGUGGAAACGAACGGAGUCAGAACGCUAACACCCUACCCAACAGUAAGCUAUGCCUAUAAGUACAUAGGAGUUCUAUAUAGAAACUUCCAGAGAUAUUUAUUUUGUUUGCUUUGUUGCUUCAUUUUAACUUGUAUACCUGUAUUAUAAAGUAUACAUCCAGAUAACUAAGAGCAGGAGAUGGCUUUUUGUUUUGGCUGAAGUGUAUCGAGAGGAAAGUUGUAAAGCUUAUGCGUUUAAAAGUGCAUCACUGUCGUUCUGAAUGUUCCUUUUUUGUCACGGCGUUUGAUUUCUUUUAACUUUUUGUUUUUUAUCGGGGAGCCUUUUUUUAUUUCGAGAUGGGAAAUGUUUUGUAUCAAAGAUUAUUACUUAAGUCCAAAUUGGAGUUGAUCUAAAGUGAAGCCAGCAAAAAAAAAAAAAAAAAAAAAAAGAUUUAUAGAAGAUACAUUCUCCAUAGUUAGCACUUAAAAGUUUCACCAGUGUGUUUUCCCUUGAAUGAAUGUGGACAACAGCACCUCAGAGGUCCGGUUAAAACUCUGUUUCCAUCCUGAGAUGCCUCAGAGUCACUUUAAUUUCUUACAAACCAACUAAAGUAGCCAUGGUGGGGGAAAAAAAGUCAGAUUCUCAACAUUGAGGAAAGCAGCGUUAAAAUAAUUGGAAGCUAUUUUUAAAAGCAAUACCUGCAGCGUCCAACUUGGCAUUCGGAACGUCGAACCAAACCGGGUCAGAAUAAAGUUAAACAUCCAGAAAGAUGCUCUGAUCUGGAUGUAAACGAUUUAAGGGACCGGAACGCCUAGAACUGGUUCUAGAUGCUAUGAUUGGUGUUUCCGACAGUUAGCGGAUCAGCUGACAGUCAGCAGUGUGUGAAGGUCGCUACUGGUGCGCCUUCGCCCUUCUCCGACAUCGACCAUCCUUCUCUCCGGAUCCAAGAAACAGGAACAUCCUUGAAGUUUUUCCUUCCAGAAGAAACAAGGAGGCUGGCGACACCUAAUCACCACCAGACCGUCGGUGAAGACCUUGACCUCUAUCGAGCAAAGAGCAGCAGUCGGAGCAUCUUACUGCCACAGACCAAAGAAGUGCAUGUGGGCCGUCGGUCAUAUUGUGCAUCCAGGGCAAUUAUUCUGCAGCCAAUGAACACCCACGGCUCAUAAAGUCUAAUAAUCCAAGGCAGACCACACCAAACGAAAGUUCUGGCCAAGCACCUUUCCUCAUGCAAACCCAGUUCCCCAGAACUGGACCAUCUGGUGUAUUUACCACCUUCUAACCUCAUCCUCUCCAAAUCACAGAGGAAACAUUUCAGGAUGAGAAACUAUUCAUUCGGACUCUUCCGUCUGAAGGUGCGACGUUAAAAAAAAAACAAAUCUUCCAUGUCACGAUGAAUUGGACGCUGGCGCCCUCGUGUGGUGCAGGAGGAUAACUACACAGGGCCGUCUAUGAUUCUGGUACAGUGUUUUAACUGUGUUGGAUGAAAAUAAAAACUGAGUUAGGAUGAUCAACCCGUUUAGGAAAGCAGACCAACCUUAUUGUAUUUUGCUGACAGAAGUAUUAUUUUGAGCCCCGCAUCAAGGAGUGAGCCGAGGCCGUUGCAUUUUCCUUCUUAAGAACACGUUAGCAGCAUGAUGGUUCUUAAAAAAAGACAAACUUUUUAU